AUGGAAGCUCAAAGAAGGAGCCAGCAGGAAAAGCAAACAAAGGGCCCUGUCUGUGGCCGAUCCCUGCCUGAGUCACACGCGGCCUCUGGGACUCUGAUCUCCACAGUAGACAGGAGCCCCGAGGCUUCUAAGAGACUCUCUGGUACAGGGCUGGGGAGACCCAAGCUUUGCCCACAGAGGGGCCGUCCCCACUCCCGGCGCCGCCACCGCACCACCUUCAACCCAGCACAGCUGGGACAGCUGGAGUCAGCCUUUGGGAGGAACCAGUAUCCUGACAUCUGGGUUCGAGAGGGGCUUGCCCAAGACACUGGCCUCAGCGAAGCCAGAAUCCAGGUCUGGUUCCAGAACCGCAGGGCUAAGCAACGGAAGCAAGAGCGGUCACUACUCCAGCCAACAGCCCAUCUGUCUCCGGCCACCUUCUCUGGCUUCUUGUCAGAGUCCUCUCCUUACCCCUACACCUAUACAACACCACCUCCACCCGUACCCUGCUUCCCUCACCCCUACAACCACGCUCUCCCCUCCCAGCCCUGUACGGGUGCCUCACUCACUCUUCCUGCCCAGCCUGAGGACUGGUACCCCACCUUGCACCCAACCCACACUGGUCAUCUGCCCUGUCCCCCACCCCCACCCAUGUUUCCCCUCAGCCUGGAGACACCAAAGUCCUGGAACUGA